CACAAAAUGGAAUAAAAAAUGAAAUUAUUGAAAAUCCACCUCCGAUACCACCCGCCUGGCAUUAUUCUGGAGUACUCCAGAAAAGGCGCGGUGAGGAGCAAAGAUAUUGAUCUGUUGGACUUGAACAGCAAUUCAAACAUCAAGCAGAUAGCAGAAGGUCUGUUAGCCACAGAGCCUCUCCUAACGGAAGACGUGAGGGUGCAGCUGGAGGAUUGCCUGAUCACUCUGAAGACCAGGCUGGAGCACGAGGGCCCCGCCGGCAAGAGAUACUACCUGUACAAGACGCUCCUGACGCAUAUACUACCCCUAACGAACGUGUGCUUUGACAAGCUUGGGAAAAGGGUGCUGACAGGCAGCUACGACCGCACGUGUCGCGUGUGGGACGCCGACACGGGCGCGGAGCUGGCCGCGCUCGCCGGACACCAAAACGUCGUUUACUCCGUCAGCUUCAAUACUCCUUUGUGCGAUCGAGUAGUCACUGGUUCCUUCGACAAAACCUCAAAAAUCUGGAAUCCCACCACCGGGGAAUGUUUGGCGACGCUGUGGGGUCAUAAUGGAGAGGUGGUCGCGGCCGAGUUCAGCCCCAAGGGGGAUUUCGUGGUGACAGCAUCUAUGGACCACCUGGCCAAGCUGUUUGAUGCGAACACUGGUACAGAGGUCCAGACCUUCGCUGGUCAUACAGCAGAGGUGGUGUCCCUGCAGCUGGACCCCAACGACGGCCGCCGACUCGUCACCGGCUCCUUUGAUACCACUGUGGCGCUGUGGGACACCAGGCAGCCCCAGCGAGUGUGCGAGCUGCGGGGUCACUGCGGCGAAAUAUCCGGCGUCCGUCUGAACUGGGACGGGCGGCUGGUGGGCUCGGCGUCGCUGGACGGCAGCGCGCGGCUCUGGGACGCUCGAGAGAGGGCCUGCCUCGCCACAACUCAGGAUCAUGCUGGAGAGGUUCUAGACGUGUGCUUCGACUGGGCGGGCGCGCGGUUGGCUACGUGCUCUGGUGACGGGUCCGCGAGGGUAUACGACGUAACCGACUUCAGGGAGCUGGCUGUGAUGAGGGGACACAGGGAGGAGGUGUCCAAGGUGUGCUUUAGCCCGGCCGGUGGUUGUCUGCUUACUGCCUCAGCAGACCGUAGUGCCAGGAUAUGGAACGCCAGCACCGGCAACUGCUUGCAGGUGCUGUCAGGUCACGAGGGCGAGAUAUUCUCUUGUGCGUUCUCGUACGCAGGCGACGCCGUCGUCACAGCAUCCAAGGACAACACCUGCCGCAUCUGGAGAUGACUGGACUGGUGGUUCUAGGACCACCAAAACAUCUGACUGAGGAUUCUGACGCCUGUACCAGUUUUAAGACAAAUAAACCAUCUGAAGCGAUAAAACUGAAACAUCUGAUCAAUGAGCAUUCUGAAGUCUGUACCAAGAGGAAAUAAUCACUA